CUCUUUGCUCAGCUUCAUUCUACAGGAAGACAGGCAGCUGGAUACUGUAUCUCACCUGUUAACAUGAGUGCAGGUAACCCUGAGAAACAAUUGUCAGAAUGAUUCAGCGAACUUAAGUUCCCAAGGACACCAGUCACAGAAAAGAUGAGAUUCUCUGCCUUACAACCAUCAGGCCCUGAGGAGCAAUUACUAGACUUAGAUCUUCUUCCACCAAGCAUCAUAAACCACUCCCAUUACACCAUCACAUCUGAUGAACUGAAAAAGCUAAACGCCCAAGGAACAGCACAGAUAUUUGAUGUAAGAACACCAGAGGAGGUCCAAAAUGGGAAAAUCUCAAAUGCCAUAAAUAUUCCCAUCACUGAGUUUGAAGAUGCUUUUAAGAUGGACCCUGAGACAUUUGCCAAGAUCUUCAAGGUUGACAAACCCAAGCUGGAUGAUAACAUUGUUGUUCAUUGUCAGUCAGGAAGGCGUGGAGCUCGGGCCGCAGACAUUGCUUCUUCUUUGGGAUACAAACAUGUUCAAAACCUCGUUGGUGGAUACAAGGAAUGGUCCCAGAAAGAAGGAAAAUUAUCUACGGAUGUUUGCCAUUUCGGACAUGGUCUUCCCAAUUCGAACUGAUCUCUUAUCCUUGAAGGAUUAUUGAUGAUCCGUUUCCUGGUAUAACCUCUGGAUUCAGAACCCAUAUGCUGCUCAUUUUUUAACCUUUAUGCUGCUCGUCUUAUGUUUCUUUUUUUUUUUUUUUUAUUCUUU